AUGCCAUCGUAUGUACAAAAGAUGGCGUACCCGUCUGCACUAGUUGGUUACUGGCCACUGAAUUCUAAACAUGGCGCCCGUGACGUGUCCGGCUAUGGUAAUGAUGCCGUACAGCACGAUACAGGCCUUGCAGAAGGACCGGGAGGGGAAGUCGGAGGAUCCUUCUACUUCAAAGGGAUUUUUGGCUCUAGGUUGGAUAUUCCCAACAAUGGAGCCCUGCAAACCGGACCAUACAUGACCAUGCUGGCCUGGAUAUACCCGGAAGGAAACCGGGGCCCAAUCUUCAGUUACCAACGGAACUUCCCCCAGACGCUUUGGGACUACGGAGCGAGCCUUUGGAUUGAUAGUAAUCCAAGCAUGCUUGCCACACAGUUUUGGGGUCAAGAUGGAUACAAGAUAAAGAGUUUGUGGAAUGAAGUCAUCAAACAAGGAGAGUGGCAGUUUGUGUCGGCUACAUACAGUCUUACAACAGGCCUCGUCAAAGUGUACUGGAAUGGCACCGAGGUUGCCUCCGAAGACCAGGGAAGCCUUGAUCUGGCAUCUCAAACUCAUUUUCCUGUGGUCAUGGCUGGCAAACCUGCAGCCAAAGAUGGCAAGAAGGACGAACGCAACUACAAGGGGCGCAUAGCUCACAUGCAGGUUUACAACAUCGCCCUGACCCAAGAGCAGAUCAAGGAAGCCAUGGAGCGUACCAAGGGAGGGUACGACUAGAUCCUGAUCAACAUGCAGGCAACAGUGGGGUUUACAUAGGACGAGGACCGCGAUGCUGGAGCAAUAUACGUCCUAUCACCCUACCUUUUUUGGGCGUGACUGCUAUUAAAGUAAGCUUUUAGAAAGGAGAAAUCUUUUGCAAGGAGAAUUCACUUCUGUUUGUUUGAAUUUAUUGAAGGUGUGUUCA